AUGCAAAUCUCUGCUAAUAAGUUUUCUGGAGAAUCUCUGAACGGCAAUGUUGCACUUCCAUGGGAGGGUGGGAGUGGAACUAAUUUCCUGGAGCUUCCUUCACUUCGUUUUGCAGUUGAUCCAUCAUGUAAAAUGACAGUAUUCGUAUUUGGUAUUUCAGUUAUGGAGUCUACAAGCAUAACUCAAACCAAGGAUGGCAAAGAUAAAAAAAAUGGCAAGGCUACUCUUGCCCCACUUGAGCAUGAGGAAGAGGAGGAGGAGCAAAACAGUACUAAAGAUUUGGAGAGCAACACUCCUUUAGGAGAAGGAUGGUCUCGAAGUGAUAUGUCACCACGGGCUUCAAAUCUCUCACAUGUAAAUUCCUGGUGCAGCAACUCAAUGACAGAGUCUCCUCCCAUUCAAAUGAUGGGUAGAUGUGAAGAAGCAUCAGAAUGGAGUAACAUCUCUGGUGAGUCUUUAUUUAGCAUUCACAUCAACAGUUUUCCCAAGAUGAAAUAUGCUAUCUCUAAAGUUGAGGAAUCAUACGAGACUGCACGAUCUAGUGAGACAAUUAUACCGAACCAACUUUCUCCAAUAAGAGUAGGGAGAGGAGACUAUGAUAUCAUAGCAAGCUCCAGAGCCAAAAGGUUAGAAGAUAAAAUUGCAAGAACAACUGUUAAGAUUGAUGCUGACGAAAAUGAUAACAAACCAUCUUCUUUGGAGAAGUCAGAAGAGAGUUCUAAUAUUGAUCAUGGAACAAGUUCUAAUAUUGAUCAUGGAACAACCACCGAUGACAAAAACCCACCAUCUAUCAUUCCAUUAAAGAAGAAAAAGAGGUGGGCUGAACGCUGCUGUUGUGGAAGUAUAUGUACAUUAUCUUGUUGCAAGUUGCCCAAAUGUUGCAAGUUGCCCAAAUGUUCCCAGUUGCCAAAAUGUUGCCAGUUGCCAAAAUGUUGCAAGUUGCCAAAAUGUUGCCAGUUGCCAAAAUGUUGCAAGUUUCCAAAAUGUUGCCAGUUGUCAAAAUGUUUCCAGUGUAAAUCUCUAUGGAAACAGGAUUGUUGCAGUUGGUCGCUCAAAUGGUGCCAGUGUAAGAAACCUAACUGCUGUCAUUGGCCAAAAUGUUCCUCUUGCAAGUGUUUAAAAUGUAGUAGUACUUGUUGUAAGUGGCCCAAUUGUAGUUGUCUCCCCAGUGGUCCAUUAAGUUGCAGUUGCUUAAAGUCAAUCAGUGGUUGUUGUUCUCCUUCAUGCUUUAAAUGUUCAAAAGGGUUGAGCUGCAGUUGCUGUAAAGGGGGGUUGUCUUGUUGUAAAUGGACAAGCUGCAAUUGUUUUAAACAGCUUAGUUGUAGCAGCUGCAAAGGGUGUUCCAUUUGCAGUUGUUUACCGUCUAGUUGCAAGUGGCCAAGUUGUAAAUGCUUCAGUUGUUCUUGUAUCCCGAGUUGUGGCUCCUGCGGUUGGCCAAGUUGUGGCUCCUGCGGUUGGCCGAGUUGUGGCUCCUGCGGUUGGCCGAGUUGGUGCUCUUCAUGUAAAUGGCCUGCAGCAUGUUCAUGUCCUAAUAUUAGUAGGUUGAGACAUUGGUGCAGUUGCUUCUGUUGUUGUUGUAAUAAUGGCAAGAAGACAGAUGGAGCUGUGCAAACUUCAGAUCUCGAUCAAGAUAAGAAGAAGAAGAAUGCAAGUUUCAAAGAAUGGUUUUCUUGUUUGUUAUGUAAAUGAGUAUCUGUUGCUGAAACACAUUAUAUUAUAUGAUAAGAUUUAGUGUUAGUUGUCUCCUUUUUUAUGCUCGAAUUUCAUCUAAUCUAUUACUGUCAAAUAACAUUCGGUGUAGUAUUUAACCACAGGGGUCCAUAGCUCAGUGGUAGAGCAUUUGACUGCAGAUCAAGAGGUCACCGGUUCGAACCCGGUUGGGCCCUUUUUAA